AUGCCAAGACUGCGCUCGGCCGGCCCACUUGAACAGGACACGGCCCUCCAUAGAUCGCAGCUCCCACGACCCGUCUUACCAAGCAUCGAAGACCAAGACCAAGACCAAGAGUCCAAGACCAAGACCAAGACCAAGACCAAGAUCAAGACCAAGACCAAGACCAAGACCAAGACCAAGACCAAGAUCCGAGAUCAAGACCGAGAUCAAGACCAAAGAAACAGUUCAGGGACCAUCGAAUCGCACAUAACCAUCCAGGAAGGACAGGGACCUAAAAUGGCUGACAGCACCAAUCAGGAGGGCAGCAGCGGCUUGUUCACCGAAUUGUCUCCCGAGCAGAGACAGCAAUUAACCGACCACAUCAGCCGAGAAGUGGCCCGUUUGGUCGCCCAAGUACGAGUGACCGAGCCAAGAGACAGCCAAUAUGGUGAAGAUGAAGUCAGCACACCAGGCCAACGGGAAGGAACAGCCUUUGACGACCGCGAAGAAUUCCGGCCGUCAGGAUAUGCGGCCCUUUAG